UAGAGUCUACUGUACAAGAUGGCUACAAGAUAUACCCAGCUCAAUAUUGAUAUUGAUACUCUGAAGCAGAAGACUGGGGUAACAGACACCCAGCUAGACCAAACAAUUGAGCAGGAACAAUUGAUGUGCUUGGCCAGUUUACUUGGCAGCUAUGAUAAGUUUGUUAGAAGCCCAGGAUUUGAUCUCACCAAUGCUGAAAUAGCAGAUCUGAAGGAUUGUGCCUCCAAGCAUGGCAAUCAACUGGCUAUGUGUGAAGCUUUAAGGAAAUGGGGAAAUGUCAUCCGUGACUUCACUUAUCGGUCGUUGUUGGAGAUUUUGAUUGGUCUUCGUGAAGGAGCUUUGGCUGACCAAGUGUGUAGGACUUUCAUCCAGACACAAACCAGUGAGUCGAAUAAAGAAGACUCUGUGUCCUUGUCACCUGCACCAGGUAGACUAUCACCUCUGACAGGGCCACUGAUUAGUGACCCAGUUGAACCAAAUUCCGUGGCGACAGGCACUACAACUGCUGACCUCAUAAAAGAAUUUGAUAGGAGGUUUAGGGAUCUACGAAAGAUAGCUCUCGAGGAGAUAACUGAGAAACGAAUACCUGUGACUGAGUUCCGCCAAACACUCAUGAAUUUACCGUGCCCUAUCACAAAUGAAAACAAAGAUUUUAUCAUAUCGAAGUAUUUCUUGUUUGAAAAAGCAGAGUCCAUCGAAAGCAUCUUUCUGUACCUCAAUUUCUACCUAAGCUUUAUUGAUUUCAGCCUUCUUGAGCAUAUCAUAGAGCAAUUUGGUAGUGAUAGUCUGAAACGAGACAUGAGCAGCUAUGCAAAAGACAUGAGACACUUCAGAAUCAACACCCCCGUUAGCGAAGCACUUAGCUAUCUUCCGAAAAUUUCAGAUGCUACUGCUGGUUACUCUCGUCUAACAGUGAAGAUUGAUUUUGAUAUUCAGACUGCAACUCUUGAAGAUGUAGAGACGUACAGAAAACGUUUUGCUAGUGAUUUCUUGCUCUCCCAGCUAGCCCUUUCUUUGUUUGACCUCCAGGAGAGCUCACUACUGGUUACAUGGCUAGUGCCUGCUGCUGUAGGAGCAAUGAUCAGUGAUCAAGUACAGAAGAAAAGUUCUUCUUUCUUUUUAAGCAAUAAUAUUCUCAAGUUAUCACUUAAAGGAGAAUGUCUCUACCCGAUGGUAAAGUUUAGUCAAUCAGGUAAAAGGGAUCUUAUGAUUGAAGCUGUGGCUGGAAAACCCGGUUUGACCUCUCUUGAACCAUUGAACCAAGGAGAAUGUCUCUACCCGAUGGUAAAGACAAAAACAGGUGAAUCUAGUAGUUCUAUGAUUGAAAUUGGAGCUGGUUUGACCUCUCUUAAACCACAUCAAAGGAUAGCGGAUGAAAUGAAGCGAUCAAUCGAUCUCGGACCUAAUCAUCGUGGACUGGCUAUUGUUGUACCACAUUAUUAUAUGUUGUCGAAUCUAACGAACAUGCUCAGGGAGACAUUGGGAUUUGCUGUUUACGAGCCUCGAGAUGAACCAUCCCUAAAGUCAUACAUGCAAGCUGUAGAUCUUGUGGAGCUGAAACACCAUCCCAUAAUAGUGGUGGUAGAUGGACAUGGGGGGAGGGGUUAUCUUCUACACACUGAUACUGGUGAAAUCGACAUUAAGGAAGAUAAUUUUUAUGGCACCACUAUUCCCUCCUAUUGCCACACACCUUGCUGACAACCCAAAGAUAUUCCUAUUUAUUGUCAGAUCCGACUCUUCUGAACGCCAUGCUCUAAAUUUCGUUGAAGCAAUCUGGGAAAACUGCAUUGUUGGUUAUAUUGCAUGUGAUGAUCUCGGUGAUGUGCAGUGGGUGGCAGACAUCGUACGGGACGAACUGGCACACCCUUCUAUGUCUGUGCAAGAGAUUUUCACUUCAAUUCGUGAACAGGUUCCACACACUGCUACAGCUACCAUGACUGUGGUCGACCGUCUCAAGGAGCCAGUCUACUUGUAUCCUCGUAGCAGAUCACAAGACAAACUGGCACACCCUUCUAUGUCCGUGCAAGAGAUCUUCACUUCAAUUAGUGAACUCAUUGCUACCAUGACUGUGGUCGAUCGUCUUAAGGAGCCAGUCUACUUGCAUCCUCGUGAACCUGAGCUAAUCAUCGGAUCACAAGAAUCAUCCGGGGAGUCCAGUUGUCUAUCACAUUCAAGUGGACUAUCAGUCGCUGAACAAUCGCAUCUACUGGAACAACCAACCAAGAAGCUCAAGACUGAAGUAUCACCCGAGUCGAGUGAGAAACUCCAAAUUGAUGAAGACUUAUAGUGCUCACCUUAUUAUUAUAUACAACGCACCUGUAUAAUCAUGUGUAAUUCUGUUCGAGCAAAUUCUUUAUAUUUUUUGUACAAAUUGCAAGUAAUUAUUGAAACAGCACAUGAGAUCAAAUG